GCCGCAGUUGUCCCUCCUUAUUUCCGCCUCUGGCCAUUGGCGUCUCUGGAAUCCAGGGAGCGACCGCAUGAAGUUUACGAAGUAACGAGAGAGAGAGAGAGAGAGAGAGAGGGACGAAGCUGUAUGAGCGCGAAUUACUCUGCCUUUGUUCUCUCCAGCUCUCUCCUCCUCUAUUUCCCCCCUCCGUCUCGUGCAAUUGUAAUUUCUCUAAGCUUCCUUGUGCCGAAACCCUAUUUUCCAUGGUUUUAACACUAUAGAUCCCUAACAAUCCCUCACCACCUUCGAAUCUCAAUGGCUGCCGAUUUAGGGCAACAGACGGUGGAGUUAUCCACCCUUGUGAGUCGAGCUGCUCACGAUUCUUACGCUUCCCUCCAAGAACUAAUUGACAAAUGCGGGUCCACUGAACUAUCUGAUUCUGAAAGGAAGAUUAACAUUCUCAAGUUUCUCAACAAGACUCAGCAGCGCAUGAUCCGCCUUAAUGUCAUCUCCAAAUGGUGCCAACAGGUUCCUUUGAUACAGUAUUGUCAGCAACUAACAUCUACUGUAUCAAAUCAUGAUACGUGUUUUACUCAAGCAGCAGAUUCAUUGUUCUUCAUGCAUGAGGGGCUUCAGCAAGCCCGUGCUCCUGUUUAUGACGUUCCAUCAGCAAUUGAAGUUCUUCUAACGGGAAAUUAUGAGCGAUUACCAAAAUGUAUAGAAGAUGUGGGCACUCAGAAUACUUUAACUGAAAAUCAGCAAAAGCCUGUUUUGAAGAAGCUGGACAUGCUUGUACGCUCAAAAUUGCUUGAAGUUUCACUUCCAAAAGAAAUUUCUGAGGUUAAUGUUUCUGAUGGUACAGCAUUGCUUAGGGUGGAUGGAGAGUUUAAGGUUUUAGUAACUCUUGGCUAUAGAGGACACCUAUCGAUGUGGAGGAUAUUGCAUUUGGAGCUGCUUGUUGGUGAAAAAGGAAGACCUGUGAAAUUGGAAGAAUUGCAGCGUCAUACCCUUGGAGAUGAUUUAGAGCGAAGAAUGGCUUUAGCGGAAAAUCCUUUUCUUAUAUUGUACACGGUUCUUCAUGAGCUAUGUGUUGCACUUGUUAUGGAUACUGUCAUAAGGCAAGUGCAAGCUCUUCGACAAGGAAGAUGGAAAGAUGCAAUUCGGUUUGACCUCAUAUCUGAGGGUGGUGUGGGCCAUGGAGCAAACACCAUUUCUAUGCAGAAUCCUGAUGUAGAAUCUGAUUCAUCUAGCCUGCGAACUCCAGGGUUAAAAAUUAUAUAUUGGUUAGAUUUUGAUAAAAAUGCUGCAUCAGACUCAGGGGCAUGCCCUUUUAUAAAAAUUGAACCUGGAUCAGAUCUCCAUAUAAAGUGCACACACAGCAGCUUUGUCAUAGAUCCAUCAACAGGCAAGGAGGCAGAGUUUUUGUUGGACCAGAGUUGUAUUGAUGUUGAGAAGUUGUUGUUAAGAGCCAUAUGCUGUAACAGAUAUACACGUCUUCUGGAAAUUAAGAAAGAGCUAGCUAAAAAUGUUCAGGUCUGCCGAACAGCAGAUGAUGUUGUGCUUCAGUCUUGUAUGGGUGAACUCGAUACUGAAUAUAAACUGAAAGAUGAUAAGGGCAGUAAGGACGCUGUGGGGCAGGAGGUAUUGCGUGUGCGUGCAUAUGGCUCAUCAUUUUUUACUCUUGGGAUUAAUAUCAGGAAUGGUCGCUUCCUUCUUCAAUCAUCAUGGAAUAUAGUUGCUCCGUUGGCUCUGUCAGAAUGUGAAGAGGUGUUAAAUCAAGGAACCAUGACUGCAGCUGAGGUCUUCAUUAGCUUGAGAAGCAAAAGUUUAUUGCACCUGUAUGCAUCUAUUGGAAGAAUUUUAUGCCUAGAGGUGUAUGAGCAUGGUUUGAGUACAGUGAAAAUACCCAAGAGCAUUAUAAAUGGUUCAGCUAUGCUACUCAUGGGAUUUCCUGACUCUGGAAGCUCUUACCUUCUGGUCAUGCAACUUGAUAAGGAUUUUAAACCCCUGUUUAAGUUGCUAGAGACUCAGCCAGACUCAUCUGGGAAAGAUCCUUCAUCUGGUGACUUGAAUCAUGUGCUGCGGAUUAAGAAUAUUGAUAUAGGACAGAUGCAGAUGCUGGAGGAUGAAAUGAAUUUAAGCCUGGUUGAAAGGCGAAAAUUGUGCCCCUUUUUGCCUAAUGCUGCUGGCCCAAUUCAAACCUCUGAGCAUGAGUUUCUUUUGGAUGUUGGUCCUGAGAGUUCAUUGCAAAAUGCAGGGUGUCAGUUAUCAGGUUUUGCAUCACUUGUUGAUGAAGUGUUCGGACAGGAGAAAGGGUCUUCUGCGCUUCCACACUCUGUUCAAAAUUUUGCCUCAUCCCUGAACACUUCUGCUUCUACUCAUUAUGGUUCUGUCCCAAUGAAUCUCCAUGGUAUAAAAGGUGGAACCUCUUCUCCAAAGUGGGAAGGGGGCAUGCAUAUAUCACAGAUUAAUAAUGUUGCAAAUGCUUCUGGCGUUGCCUCCCAUUAUUAUGGUUCCAUGUACUCAUCUAGUAGUGUCAAGGGCCCAGUUCAGUCUAGCUCCAUGGGCUUGCUUUCCACCGGUCAAGGAUGGAGUACAACUGGGAAAAAGCUAUCUGCUUCAAAAUCUGAACAAAAUCUGGCUUCUCUUAGAUCGCCACCUUCAGUUGAUAAUGGUUCGUGUACUUCUAUGGAUGAAGAUCAACUAAGAGUCCUGAGUGAUAACAGUAAUGAUACUUUAUGUGUAAAUCAAUCAUCACAACUUUUAUCUCCUCCUCGACCAGCUGGCUCUCGAAUCUCUACACCUAAUUCCAAGCCUGAUGGACCUCGUAAUUCACCAAAUGGGCCUCCAGUUGGAUCACUCAGGGUUGCUGGAUCUGGUUCAUGUGCGGCAACUCCCGUAUCUCAAGCAAUGGAAUCCAUGGUGAAUGAUUGCACCAAUCAUGAUAUUUUUUCCAAAAAUGACAAGAGAUCUCGAAAGCGAACAGCUUCAGAUAUGCUGAGUUUGAUUCCAUCCCUUCAAGGUCUUGAAAACGGCUCUGUAAUCUGUAAGAGAAGAAAGAUUUCAGACUCACCUUGUUCUCAGUCUUCUUUGCAUCAAGUGCUUACAUCAACUGAAAUGAUACCUAAAACUGAAGUAUACGGUUAUGGAAAUUUGAUCAUGGAAGCAAAUAAAGGGAAUGUUCCAUCUAGCAUUUACAUAGCGGCCCUUCUUCAUGUGGUCAGGCACUGUUCACUUUGCAUCAAGCAUGCUAGACUAACCAGUCAGAUGGAAGCAUUAGACAUUCCAUACGUUGAAGAAGUGGGUUUAAGGAGUGCUUCAUCUAACAUAUGGUUCCGACUCCCAUCUGCCAGAGGGGGUGAUUCAUGGCAACAUAUAUGCUUGCGACUUGGCAGACCAGGUUGCAUGCAUUGGGAUGUUAAAAUAAGUGACCAGCACUUUAGGGAUUUGUGGGAGCUUCAAAAAGGGAGUAGUAGCACACCUUGGGGAUCAGGUGUUCGGAUAGCUAAUACAUCUGACAUAGAUUCACAUAUACACUAUGAUCCAGAUGGUGUUGUUUUGAGUUAUCAAUCUGUGGAGGUAGAUAGUAUAAAGAAAUUAGUGGCUGAUAUCCAAAGGCUUGCCAAUGCAAGAACGUUUGCUCUUGGCAUGAGGAAAUUGCUUGGUGUAAGAUCAGAUGAGAAACCAGAAGAAGGCAUGACAGUUUCUAAUGCCAAAGCAUCUGUUGCCAAAGUUGCUUCAGAUACUGCAGAUAAGCUAUUGGAACAGAUGAAAAGAACGUUUAGAAUUGAGGCAGUGGGGUUAAUGAGCUUAUGGUUUAGCUUUGGUUCAGGUGUUCUUGCUCGUUUUGUUGUUGAGUGGGAAUCAGGUAAAGAGGGUUGCACAAUGCAUGUAUCCCCUGAUCAACUUUGGCCUCAUACCAAGUUUCUGGAAGAUUUUAUAAAUGGAGCUGAAGUUUCAUCACUUUUAGAUUGCAUUCGGCUCACUGCGGGGCCCUUACAUGCCUUGACAGCUGCAACCAGGCCAGCACGAGCUGGUCCUGUUCCAGGGGUUCCUGGGAUUGCGGCAGCCCUAUCUUCUAUUCCUAAACAGACUGGUUAUUUACCGCCACAGGGACUUCUGCUUGGUAGUUCAACUACAAAUGUUGUCCAGGCUUCUUCUGCUUCUGGAGGAAAUAUUAUCGCAUCCACUGCUAGUGGAUCUCUCAAUAAUCAAAGCCUUGCUAUGCUAGCUGCUGCGGGGCGUGGCGGUCCAGGCAUUGCUCCGAGUUCACUGUUGCCCAUUGAUGUCUCUGUUGUGUUACGUGGUCCCUACUGGAUACGAAUUAUAUAUCGGAAACAGUUUGCAGUUGAUAUGCGUUGCUUUGCUGGAGAUCAGGUCUGGUUGCAGCCUGCAACACCACCAAAAGAGGGACGUCCUUCUGGUGGAUCAUUGCCAUGUCCUCAGUUUCGGCCAUUCAUCAUGGAACAUGUUGCCCAAGAAUUGAACGGUUUGGAUCCUAGUUUCGUUGGACAACAUGCUGGUGGUUUGGCAAGUUCUAAUAAUCCAAACUCAAGUUCUGGGUCCCAAUUAUCUGUUGCUGGAAAUGGAAGUAGAAUUAACCUUCCUACUUCUGCUGUGAUGUCUAGAGCGGGAAAUCAAGCAGCUGGUUUAAAUCGUGUGGGAAAUGCUUUAGCAGGAUCUUCAAACUUAGCUAUGAUGACAUCAGCUGUCUCCUUACGGAGAUCACCAGGAACAGCUGUCCCUGCGCAUGUUAGAGGUGAGCUAAACACAGCCAUAAUUGGCCUUGGUGAUGAUGGAGGGUAUGGUGGUGGUUGGGUUCCCCUUGUUGCUCUUAAGAAGGUUUUGAGAGGUAUUCUCAAGUAUCUUGGGGUGCUAUGGCUUUUUGCUCAGUUACCAGAUCUUCUGAAGGAGAUUCUAGGAUCCAUUUUGAAGGAAAAUGAAGGAGCACUUUUGAACUUGGAUCCAGAGCAGCCUGCAUUGCGGUUUUUUGUUGGGGGUUAUGUGUUUGCUGUUAGUGUCCAUCGUGUUCAGCUUCUUCUUCAGGUUUUGAGUGUGAAGCGCUUCCAUCAUCAACAGCAGCAGCAGCAGCAAAACUCAAACACUGCACAAGAGGAAUUGAGUCAAUCUGAAAUAAGUGAAAUAUGUGAUUACUUCAGCCGUCGAGUUGCAUCAGAGCCUUAUGAUGCCUCUCGUGUUGCUUCAUUCAUAACACUUCUCACCUUACCUGUAUCAGUUCUCAGAGAAUUUUUGAAAUUAAUAGCUUGGAAAAAGGGAUUAACCCAAGCACAAGUUGGAGAUGCCACUCCAGCUCAAAAACCACGGAUUGAAUUAUGUCUUGAAAACCAUGCUGGGCUGAAUAUGGAUGAGAACUCUGAAAACUCAUCUGCAUUCAGAAGCAACAUCCAUUAUAAUCGACCUCAUAAUUCUGUUGAUUUUGCCCUGACUGUUGUUCUUGAUCCUGCACAUAUCCCUCGCAUCAAUGCUGCUGGUGGUGCUGCUUGGUUGCCAUAUUGUGUUUCUGUAAGGUUGAGAUAUUCAUUUGGUGAAAGUUCUAAUGUGACUUUUCUUGGCAUGGAUGGAAGCCAUGGAGGUAGGGCUUGCUGGUUGCAUCAUGAUGAUUGGGAAAAAUGUAAACAAAGAGUGGUACGAGCAGUGGAACUGAAUGGGAGCUCAACAGCAGAUAUGAGUCAAGGUAGGUUAAAAAUAGUUGCAGAUGGCGUGCAAAGAACUUUGCAUCUAUGCCUUCAGGGGUUAAGAGAUGGUGGCGCUACCGUGAGUUCUGGAGCAACGUGAUUGUUUUGGUGGGAGCAGCGAUGGUAUAUGGAUUUUUAUGUUGGGGUAGUCUAGCAACAUUGCAUUUUUGUUUACCAUUAGGAGUCCUCUGCUAAGCAUGUCGUUGUUUUGGCAAGCUUUCUCUGCACGGAGGCCAUUCUGAUAAAAAUUUGCAAAUUAUCGAGCAAUUGAGAUGAAAUGGUGGCAAGAAAUGAUUUUGGUGAGGCAGCAGGUGGCAUUGAUAAGUUUGCAGAGACUCGAGCUGAGAUUUUGCUUCGUCCAUCUUAGGAUUCUAACCAAGACUAAUAAUGAGUACUUGGCAUUUGUCAGAUCCAGAAUAUUCAGAAUUAGGUGGUUCAAUAUCUCGAGAGUAGUGAUUUAUAUCUUGUUAUGACAUUUUGGGUGAUUGCUUUGGUACUUGUACAGAUAACAGUGGUAAGAUUUGUAAAGGAAAUUUGUUGUGCACGAA